AUGGACAAAAUCCGCGUCUACCCGUCGCGUCGCCUCACGACGCCCGUCUCAACCCCGCUGUCCAUCCUCGAUGCCACCGUCGCCCGCUUUUCCGCUACUGGGGCGAUCUGGCUGUUCGACAAUCCUGCGGACCAGAAGGGCAGCAGAUUCAGUUUCAGUGAAAAGGAUCUUCUCCACCGUCUGCAAUCUUCCUUUGUGACCACGCUGAAUGACUUCCCUCACUGGGCCGGCCAGGUUCACUGGGCGCCAGUGCGACCAGGAGGAUCCCACACCGAGCGCUUCAAUCGGCCCAUGGUGACCUACGGCACCACAACAGAUCCCGGAGUCGAAUGGGCAGUGGUGCGGCAUCAAUUACUAUCAGUGAAAACGCUGGCGCCGUCCGCUGAGGAGCGCGCAUCAGGCUCCGGAGUCUGGAGGGGUGAUCAGUUUGACCAGAGACCCCUUCUCUCAGAGACACGAUUGCCGUUACACAACCUACGGGAUUGCGACGGGCUUCCCGCAAUGCAGGUGCAGAUCAAUCUCUUCAGGGAUGGAGGAUAUGGCAUCGGCAUCAAGAUGGCACAUGUACUAGCUGAUGCACAGUCUCUGAUGGUCUUUGUCCACAGUUGGGCGGACAACUCCCGGAAAACCUUCAACGCGGAUGAUCGUGUCUUGCCUUUUGCCGGACCCCCGAUUUUCGAUCCUGCGCAGUUGGAUGCCUGUGCGGCAGGAGAUAUUGAUGCCCCGGUACCAGAUCCAAGUUUGCUGGAAGAGGCUCGUCAGCUGCCUCUUCAUCGCUUCAACUGGUGGGGAAUCGAUGAUCCAGGCUAUUCGCCAUUUCUGAUUCCAACCACGGAGAACUCGAUCCCGCCUGUCGAUGGGAUCCACUCUCAAAACUCUCCGUCUACCCCAGCCCCCUGGACGACUUGGGAUCUGUCCAAGCCGGUCAGCUAUGCGUUAUUGCAUUUCCCAGGCCCAAUGGUCGCCGAGUUGAAGCAGGAAGCCAGCACAGAGGGCGACCCCAACAUCUCGAGGUUAGAUGCCCUGCUUGCACACGUUUGGGCCAUGAUCAACCGAGCCCGAGGCCACAGUCACUCGUCGGAUAAUGUGUUUCUAAACUUCACGCUUGGGGCACGGUCACGGCUGUCCCUGCCGGAGUCCUUCAUUGGGUCUCCCCUCUUUAUAACGCACAUUCGCAUGUCAGGCGCAUCCGCCUGUCUAGGCCACACGGCAUCUCGGAUUCGGCAGACAUUGCAAUUGUUUACUCCAGAGAAGAUGGGCGCGAUGCUACAUGAUGCCGCGCACGAGGUUUCCCCCCAGCGACUGUGGCAGGCAUUCGUGGGCACACAGCACACGCUAGUGACGUCUUGGCUCCGGCUGCAACUCUACCAGGUCGACUUUGUGGGCUCAGGCCAGAGGCCGAGAUAUGUUCACGCUGUCAUGCCUAAGAUAGAUGGAUGUGUCCAAGUCAUGGAUCCCGGGGUGGACGAUAGCGGAAUGGAUGUAGCCCUCUACUUGGAUACGGAAGCCAUGCAGCGGCUACUGCUGGACAAGCCACCUACAUGUCUCAUUCACUGCACAAGAGAUACUGUAACCCAAAAGCGAUAG